GAGGUUCCGGGGAUGGACCCCGAGAGGCCGGGCUCUGCGCCCCAGCUCUGCACCCUGCAGCCAUCGAGCGAGCCAGGCUUCGUGCCGCUUCCCUUCUUCCUCCGGCACGACUCCCCAAUGUCCUGGGACCUCUGUGCCCCUAUCCCGGCUGCCGAGAGCCUGGACUCAUGGGAGAGCAGCUUGCUGUGGGAUGGAGGGUCUCUGGUCAUCGCCAAUUCUUCCCAGGGGCAGCCGGGGACGCCAGGGGGAGCUGGCUCCAUCUCCCCACAGCCACCUCUGGAUCUCUCCGGGUUUCCUUUGGCCAAGCCCUGGGACGUCCUCUCGCCAGAUGCCCCCGCUGACGCAGCCCCCGAUUUCGUUCACCCCCUGGUGACGGCUGUUCACCUGGAUCCUGGUGCGCCGUGGUUGAUGUCAAGGAUAAAUCCAGCUGGAUCUACCCCCACUCCACCACUUCUGGAUCCCGCUGGUUUUCCUUUGCCCGAGCUCUGGACCGGGCCCCACAUGGACGCCCCUCCUGACGCAGCCCCCGAUCCCGCUCUGCCCCCCGUGGCUGCUGCCUGCCUGGAUCCCGCAGACCUACCCCCGACAUCAAUGACAAAUCCAGCUGGAUCUACGCCCACUCCACCACCUCUGGAUUCUGCUGGUUUUCCUUCGCCCGAGCUCUGGACCGGGCCCCACAUGGACGCCCCUCCUGAUGCAGCCCCCGAUCCUGCUCUGCCCCCCGUGGCUGCUGCCUGCCUGGAUCCCGCAGACGUACCCCCGACAUCAAUGACAAAUCCAGACUUGGGUGAAGUCUUGGCCCACGUCUCUCACACUCUGAGAUGCCACCCCAAGGGUAUGAGGGUGAAGCCGCUGACGAAGAGGCUGCGGAAGGAGCAUGGGGUGGACCUGUUGGCAUUCAGCCAGGACGGGGGGUACCAGGGAGUCGUGUCCUUCCUGCAGGAGAUGCCGGGUAUCGAACUCUGGAACCCCGAGAAGGGAGAGAAGUGUCGUGUCCUGAGCUGUACCUUUAAGAAGAACGUCACAGACCCCCUGCCGCUGCUCUGCAGCACCCUGGGCUCCUUCCCCAAUGGCCUGCGGGUCUUCAGUCUGAGGAAGGCCAUGUGGCAGAGGCACGGGGUGAACUUGGAGGAAUUCAGCCAGCAACAGGGAUAUCUGAGCACCCUGGACUAUCUGACCAGGCUGCGUGGGAUCAGGCUGCAGGGGCUGGAGAGAGGGGAAAAGUGUCUUGUCCAGCUUCAGAAGGGUGACGCUGUGACGCCCCCUGCCCCGCAGCCCCCCCCAGACCCCGCUCCCCCAUCGGCCCAGCCCAGCAGCAGCCCCCCGCCCGAUGUCCCUGCCGACGGGGGGCCGACGGGAGCCCCGGGGGAGACGCCCGGCUUGGCCGAGGUCUCGUCCUGGGUGCGGGACGUGCUGGGCCGUUUCCCGCUGGGGCUGAAGGUGGGCAAGCUGAAGGAGGCGCUGCGGAGCGAGCGCGGGCUGGACCUGGAGGAGCUGAGCCGUCAGCGGGGCUGCGGGGACGCCCUGCACCUGCUCCGGGCUCUGCCCCACCUCUGGCUGCGGGACCCGGGCCAGGGCGACGCCUGCCUGGCCCGGCUGGACGUGGGCUUGGCCGAGGUCUCGUCCUGGGUGCGGGACGUGCUGGGCUGCUUCCCGCUGGGGCUGAAGGUGGGCAAGCUGAAGAAGACGCUGCGGAGCGGGCACGGGCUGGACCUGGAGGAGCUGAGCCGUCAGCGGGGCUGCGGGGACGCCCUGCACCUGCUCCGGGCUCUGCCCCACGUCUGGCUGCGGGACCCGGGCAAGGGUGACGCCUGCCUGGCCCGGCUGGACGCGGGUGACGCUGUGAAGCCCCCUGCCCCGCAGCCCCCCCCAGACCCCGCUCCCCCAUCGGCCCGACCCAGCAGCAGCCCCCCGCCCGAUGCCCCUGCCGACGGGGGGCCGACGGGAGCCCCGGGGGAGACGCCCGGCUUGGCCGAGGUCUCGGCCUGGGUGCGGGACGUGCUGGGCCGUUUCCCGCUGGGGCUGAAGGUGGGCAAGCUGAAGGAGGCGCUGCGGAGCGAGCGUGGGCUGGACCUGGAGGAGCUGAGCCGUCAGCGGGGCUGCGGGGACGCCCUGCACCUGCUCCGGGCUCUGCCCCACAUCUGGCUGCAGGACCAGGGCAAGGGCGACGCCUGCCUGGCCCGACUGGACGCGGAUGCUGCUGUUAAUGCCCCUGCGCUCCCCGCCCCCUCCCAUCCUGCCAAAGCGGGGGGGCCGGGUGCCGCGGGCCCAGCGAAGCGGACGCAGGGCCAGCGUCGGGUGGCAAAGCCCGGCGCGAUGGAGGCGUUGAUCCGGGGCGCCCUGGCCCCCUACCCCUUUGGCAUGCGGGUGAAGAACCUGCGGAAGCUGCUGGUGGGGAAACAUGGAGCCGAGCUGGAGGCCUUCAGCCAGGCCAGAGGCUACGGGGACGUGGUCUCCUUCCUGCGGGAUGUUCCCGGACUCACGCUCCGGGGCCCAGAGAAGGGCAACAACUGCAUCGUGUGGCUCCAGAGAGGUGCGACUGAGGUCCUGACGCUGCUCAAGUGCUUGCUACGCCCAUACAAGUCUGGCCUGCAGCUGCAGAAGCUGCAAGAGUUGCUGCUGGAGAGACACGGGCUGGAUCUGAAGCGGUUUGUCAGCUCCCAGGGCGAGGAGGACGUGCUCGGAUUCCUGCAGAGGCGUCUGCCCGCGCUGGAGUACAGGCAGCCGGAGAAGGGAGCGAAGUGUAUCGUCUGGCUGGGGACAGGGCAGAAGAAAGGCUCUGGAUCUUUGCCCCCUGGCAGUGCCCGCCCCUUGCCUGGCUCCAAGAGGUGCCUCCUCCCAACGAAUGCCGCGGAGCGCCUGCCCCAACCCGCCACCGCCUGCCUCAACCCCCGGCUGCCCAGUGCUACCACCAACCGGCCUCUGCUUCCCAGCCUGCCCUCGGCCCGGGAGCCCUUCCGGGCCCCUGCCGCCCAGGGAAAGCUGGGAAAGUCCCCAGGGGCCAACCCCCGCCUCCCAGCCUGGUUACUGAGCCCACCCCGGCCCACCGGCACCUGCUCAGGCCUACGAACAGAGGAGGGGACCCACGAGUCCGGGACCAGGCCUGCCAGCGCCCCCUUGGUUCUGCGAGCAGAGGAGGGGACUCAGGAGUUCGGGACCAGGCCUGCCAGCGCCCCCUUGGUUCUGCGAGCAGAGGAGGGGACUCAGGAGUUUGGGGCCAGGCCUGCUAGCGCUCCCUUGGUUCUGCAAGCAGAGGAGGGGACCCAGGAGUCCAGGGCCCAGCCCCCUGAGGACCUGAGGGAGCUGAAGCGGAAGGUGGGGGCCAUCUUGGCCGGGCACCCCGGGGGCAUGUCCCUCUUCCAGUUCCGUGCCGCGUACAGCGCCGCCCACCAGCACCCGCUGCCCCUGGGCUGCACCGCCUCCACCAAGCAGCGGCUGGCGCAGAUGCCCGACGUGGUCAGGAUGCAGGGCUGCGGGGUGCAGAUGCUGUUGCUGCCAGUGGACCCCGACGAACCCCCCGGGGCAGAACCUGGUCUCGCCCUGUGGAUCCCACAAGAAGCUGCUGCCCUGGCUGGGGACACCGACGACCCAUCUGAGCCCCUUCCCACCCUGGCCGAGAUCCCUCCCGUCCCAGCAGCUCCCGACCUGACUGGGGACCCCGACACCCCAGCUGAACCCCCUCCCACCCUGCCCGAGAUCCCUCCAGUCCUCACAGCUCCCGACCUGACUGGGGACCCCGACACUCCAUCUGAGCCCCCUUCCUUCCCAGCAGCUCCCGACUUGACUGGGGACCCCGACACCCCAGCUGAACCCCCUCCCACCCUGCCCGAGAUCCCUCCAGUCCUCACAGCUCCCGACCUGACUGGGGACCCCGACACUCCAUCUGAGCCCCCUUCCUUCCCGGCAGCUCCCGACUUGACUGGGGACCCCGACUCCGCAGCUGAGCUCCCUACCACCCUGCCCGAGAUCCCUCCAGUCCUCACAGCUCCCGACCCGGCUGGGGACCCCAAAGUCCCAGUCAAGCCCCCUCCCACCUUGGUGGCUCCGAGAUGGGGGCCGAGCCUCCAGGCCAUGCAGCGCCCAGAGGCCGCCCGACCUGAACCCAGCUGGGAGUUACCCGACUUGGUGCCCAGCGCCCCCGUGGUUCUCCCAGCAUCGGGGCCGGGCAGCAGGUCGUGGCUCUGGCUUGGGGCAGAGUCCCCCCCUGCCCCGGCUGAUCCCGGUGCUGCUGCUCGCCCAGUCGUGUACCCUCCCCCCCGGGAGGUCCCCACGGGCCCCGCUGCAGCCCCAGAGUCGCCCUCCCUGUGCCCAGUGGCACCGGGGCCACCCCAGGCCCGGCUCAAGCGGGUCCAGUUGGUGCCUCCCUUCCAAGACCACCCUUGGGCUGGGGAUGCCUCUCGGGCACAGCCGGUCCCUAAAGCCGUGGGUCAGAACCAGGGCACAUCAGCGGCUGUGGGAUCCCCUGUGGGCCCGAUCCCUGCAGAUCCAUCCACGGGCCAGGCCGUCUCCCCUAUUAAGCAGCUCUCAGGGGUGGCCCCGGAUCCCCUCCCUCCUCCAGAGGCCAGUGUCUCAGCGACCCCCGAGCGGGGCUGGCCAGACACCGGGCGCCCUGGUUCAGGUGGAGAUAUCGGCUCUCCUGUUGACCCCUUCCUGCGCUGCCAUCCGGCCCAGCCGGUCCCCUCUGCAGGGACAACCCAGCCGGGCCCGUGGGCCGGGAUCCCCUCGGCCCCACCGGCCCACUCACCGCCACACCACACCGACACCUGCAUUCUCCUAUAGCCACCGCUGGCAACUCGGGCUGGUGGCUCUGGGGUGGAGCAGGUCGGCCUGCGGCCAACUCAGCACAACGCCCGGAGCUCUGCAGGAGAGGUCGGGAAAUAAACCCCUGUGAUUUCUCGAGCAGGGGGCACUGGGGCAUUUCAGCCCCCCCACCGCAGUCUCCUGGACACUGGGGCUUUUCUCCCCCCAGGACUGAUCUCUUUAUCUAGUGGGCUUGAAAACGUUGGUUUACAACUUUAAAGAAGCGGCCACUGACUAUUUUCAGUGGGAGGUGGCUUAAUUUGAGGUCUCCCAACUCCAGACCCGCCCUGAGACCCCCCCCUCCAUCGAAUCACGAGUGCUCGUUGGUUCUGGAAACCAGUCGUGGCUUUUCAACCGACUGUUGCCCCAAACCGGUGGCCACUUGCCGAAAUCGGUGGCCAGCCACAAACGUCUCAGGGAAAGCGGCCUGCGCCCCGUGUGCAGCAUUGACAUUUUAGCGAUUAAAUUUUCUAACAAGCGCCA